UUUUUUUUUUCGCUGCGUGUUAUUUUUUUUUUUUUCUCCUCUCUUCACCAACUUCCUUCCUGCUCCAACUGCCAAAGCUCGAGGCUGAGCGCUGACAGCAGAGGAGGACCCCGGCCGCAGGCGCCGCUCCGCCGACCAAGUGACCAUGACUGAGAAGACACAAGAACCUCAUGUGGAGGAUGAUGAUGAUGAGCUGGAUGGGAAACUCAAUUACAAACCCCCUCCCCAGAAAACACUGCAGGAGCUGCAAGAGUUGGACAAGGAUGAUGAAAGCCUCGCAAAGUACAAGAAGUCCCUGCUGGGAGAUGGACCUGUGGUAGUAGACCCAACAGCUCCCAAUGUGGUGGUCACCCGACUCACUCUGGUAUGUGACUCUGCUCCAGGACCGAUCACUAUGGACCUUACAGGUGACCUUGAAGCACUCAAGAAAGAGACCUUCGUAUUAAAGGAAGGGGUGGAAUACAGAGUUAAGAUCCACUUCAGAGUAAACAGGGACAUUGUGUCAGGACUGAAGUAUGUGCAGCACACCUACCGGACAGGGGUGAAGGUGGACAAAGCCACAUUCAUGGUUGGCAGCUAUGGGCCACGGCCAGAGGAGUACGAGUUCCUGACACCUAUUGAAGAGGCUCCUAAGGGUAUGCUGGCUCGAGGCACCUAUCACAACAAAUCCUUCUUCACGGAUGAUGACAAGCACGACCAUCUCACCUGGGAGUGGAACCUGUCCAUCAAGAAGGAAUGGACAGAAUGAGUUUACCCAGUUUGCCUUCCCCCUUCCCAUCCCCUUGCCUCCUGCACCAGUCUCCAGGCCUUUGCUGCUGCUUCUGAUACACUGAAAACAACCCAACAGUUCUCACCACCACCCCAUCAUGACACCAUAAUGGGUUAAAUUGGGAAGCAUCUCUCUCCCUCUCCCCCAGUACUUCCUCCUGUUUUCCCCAUCUCUCCCGUACCAACUCCAGUCCUGGAAGUGCCUUUUUGAGGAAACAAGAUCACCUGGCAGGGGUGGACUGGUCCCUGGAAAAUCCCUAUCUUGAAUUACACUUGCCAUGUGCUCUGACUCAUUGUAAAGGGUUACUUACCUCCCGUGAUGGUCUUCUGGUCUGUAUCUGGUGCCCUACCCUGUUAAAAUCCAUCCUUGUGCAGGCAAAGCCAGUCAGGGGGAAUGCAGCUAGAUGCCGUAACAAGACUUCAGUGUCUGAGAAUAAAACCAGUUUCUUUCUUC